AUGCCCCGAUACAGGGACAAGGAUAUGCUCGGCGCCUCCCGAUCGCAAUUCCGGCGCAUCCAGCUCAUCACCGCGACACCGACCUUCAAGCUCGUCGUGAUCGUGUUGUUCGUGUUCGUGGGAAUCAGAUGGGUGGUCGAGCACAACCACGACUCGGAUGACUGGCCGGCUGGCGGGGCACAGCCUGGCAGAAGUGUCGAGAGUUUCUGGAAUAACUGGGACAAUAAACAGUACAUACAAGUCGUGGCCGACGAGGAGAAACUGUGUAGUGCUGUGUUAGUGUGGCAUGAUAUGGAGGAUAUUGGCAGCAGGGCAUCGAGGACGUUGCUUUACCCCUCCAGCUGGUCGCCCGACGAAAUCGAUAGCGAUCCCGCGCUCAACGACUCUUUGAUCUUGACGCGGAAAGCGCAUCUCCUGCGAGAAGCGCGAGACAAAUAUUACGUGCGCCUUCUUCCCAUGGACGAACUUCACGAGAACGAAACAUCUCAGGGGAUCUGGACAGAUGCUUACAUCAAGCUCCUUGCGUUCAAACUCACGGAAUACAAACGCGUACUGGUACUUGAUGGGGCCUCCCAGCCAAGAGGGAAUCUCGACACCGUAUUCCUGCUCCCGAAAGCUCCAUUGGCAAUGCCGUGGGUCUUUUGGGGGGAUUCUGUCGGUUGGGCAUUCUCCAACCAGAUGAUGCUCAUCACACCCUCCCUCAAAGGAUUCGCGAAGGUAGAAGCAGAGAUCAAGAACGCGGAUCCUGACGAUUACGACUUGACGAUAGUGGAGAAGUUGUACAAAGGCAAAAUAUUGAAGAUUCCACAGAAGCCCUUCCACCUGAUGACCGGCGAGCUUCGCCGAUUGGAUCACUCCCAAUACUUAGGAUCUCCGAGCAAGAAAUGGGAUCCGGAAGAGGCGCUGCAGAAAGCCAAAAUGCUGCAUUUCUCAGAUUGGCCCGUUCCUAGGCCAUGGACCAGCGCGUCCCAGGCGACGCUGAAUAAGUACAUGCCGAAAUGUUUGAAAAGAGAGUGGUUCGGUGCUACGGACUGUAAGAACCGCAUGAUUUGGAUGCAGCUGUAUAGAGAUUAUGCUGCGAAGAGGGGGGGGUUCUGCGGGAGUCACUUUGAAGCAAAGGUAGGGGAGCAGGAAGCGGAUGCCAUGGUAAGACAUGGGAGGUUCUAUCACGGGUACGAGGAUUCCUAG